UCCCCAUCCCCCAUUCCGCGGUGUUCCCAACGCCGCUGCAAGCUCGAAAUCGCUGUAGUGAGAAGCUAGAGCACCGACACCGUUUACAUUGCCAGUGCCAGCGAGUUUGAAGAUACCUGAACAAAAUAAGGAAUUUAGAGAGCAACAUUUGUCAAUCAGACAUUGAUUUGCAUAUCCACUCCCACCUCUUCCUCAUUUGCAUACAGCGAGAAUGGCGAGCGGGCACCCCACUGACAAAUACAGUUUCAUGUACCAACCAGACACGCACAAGAGUAAGAACAGAUUAUCCAGCAGCAUGAAUCCCGUCUACAGUCCUGUUCAGCCUGGAGCUCCCUACGGUAACCCCAAGAACAUGGCCUACACAGGCUACCCAGGAGGUUACCCUACUGCUGCUCCCACCUACACACCUAACCUCUACCAAACGGGUAGUCCAGGGUACCCACCGGGAUACACUACAGCGGGUACUCCGUAUAAAGUGCCCCCCCAGACGAACGGAGCCCCUCCGCCAUUCCCCUCUCCCAACCCCUACCAAACAGCCAUGUACCCUAUCAGAAGUGCCUACCCCAGCAGAACAUGCAGAGCGUAUUACACCCAGCCUGUUUAUGCUGCUCAGCCUCAGCCUCAUGUAAUCCACCACACCACAGUGGUUCAGCCAAACAGCAUGCCCUCAGCCCUCUACCCCGCCCCGGUCCAAGCCCCUAGAAACAACGGAAUGGCUGCCAUGGGGAUGGUUGCCGGGACCACCAUGGCUAUGAGUGCAGGAACCCUGUUGACCACGCCUCAGCACGCUCAGCUGGGUGCUCACCAACACGUCACCAUGCCACAGUACCGGUCCCAGGGCACACCUGGUUACAGCUAUGUCCCUCCCCACUGGUAGACCCCGCCCCCCGAGAGAUCUGGAGUCCAACGUAUGCAACUACUCCAGUCUUACACGGGCUUCUAAUGGUCACCAUGGCAACCUCACAUCUGUCUGCAACAACAAAACUAAAGAGCAACGGACACUUGCUGCAUUCUGUAGUGUUUUAUAAAAGCUUCUUUUUUUAUUUUUUUUACACAACGAUUCUUUUCUUCUUCUUUGAUUUGCCAAUAUGUCAAUUUGUUACGUUGUUUUCUUUCUUUUGUUUGUUUUAUUUAUUUCAUUUUUUAAAACUUUUUUUUUUACAUCAUUUCAAUUUUUCCAUUGUCAUUGGAACUCCAGAGUGAUUGACCAAUCAUGGGUGUCUGUUGCUUGUGGUCCGUGUUCUGUUGGUGUGGUCCAGAUCCAAUGGUGGGAAUGUACUGGACACUUCCACCACCACCUUCAUCAUCACGCCAUCAUCAUCAUCAAUUUAUGCUGCCAAAUUUUCCUAACGAUUAGAUGUCAGCGCAGGGUUUUGAUUUCAUUCUUUCUGUUUGUUUUAACCCUUUUCAUUUUCCAACAAAGCACUGUCUUGGAACCUCUUUUCUCUCUGUUCACAAUCUCUGUUCCACUUCUUCUUCUCAUCUUCAGUUCAUCUUCCACUUCUGAUAACAAGGGUUGUCUUCCAGCUGCUAGCUGUUUCAUAGAUAGAUCUGUAAAGUCUAGAUCCGCUGUCUGACUAGAUCUGUAACGUCUAGGUCCACUGUCUGACUAGAUCUGUAACAUCUAGAUCCACUGUCUGACUAGAUCCGCUAUCUGACUAGAUCUGUAACGUCGAGAUCCACUGUCUGACUAGAUCCGCUGUCUGACUAGAUCCGCUAUCUGACUAGAUCUGUAACAUCUAGAUCCGCUAUCUGACUAGAUCUGUAACGUCUAGAUCCACUGUCUGACUAGAUCUGCAACGUCUAGAUCCACUGUCUGACUAGAUCCGCUAUCUGACUAGAUCUGUAACGUCUAGAUCCACUGUCUGACUAGAUCUGUAACGACUAGAUCUGCUGUGUGGCUGUAAAGACGUGGUGUGCACCAUCACACGGUCACAAUACUUACCAGUUACUGAAUUCAUCUCAAUAUAGAGGCCAUUUGUCAUUUAGCUUAAACUGAUCAAUUAUCAAAUGUUAAUAUAUUUAUAUAGCUGUGUGUACAGGAUGUGUUCAUGCACACAGUCACCUACAUACAUACAUACAUACAUACAUACAUACAUACAUACAUACAUACAUACAUACAUACAUACAUACAUACAUACAUACAUACAUACAUACAUACAUACAUACAUACAUACA